AUGGAUGACUUCAUGGAGAAUUAUCGCCAACGAGAGAGAAGGUUCUCCGAUCCGCAUCUGCGCAAUCGAGCCUUGGCAGGAGAAGAAGAGAGCUUGGAUGAGUGGGCUGCUCGACUGUGGCAUCGGAUCGACCGCGACAGAAACGGUUUCAUCACUAGCAAAGAGCUGGACUGUCAAGAGUUCCACAACAUCCUUCGUGCUGCCGUCGCUCCCGUGACCGGCACCUCGACCGGUGGCGCCACCUAUGCACGGAAGCAGGUGAACAUCGAGGCUGCUAUUCAGCUGUGCCUUCGUAAGGCGGACUUGAACAGCGACGCAAUCCUUUCCUACCGUGAGUUCCGGUCGUUGAUGCGAUGCCUACGCAGACCCAAAAUGGCACGCCACACUGCCAAUCUGGCCUUUGCGCUCUUCGACUUGGAUGGGAACGGCUACAUAGGGCGAGAUGAGUUCCACGACUCUUGCCUGCAAAUCGAAACCGCUGUCCUGGGCUCUUGUUAUCCAGAAGGAGUUUGA